CGGCGCUUGUGGCGCUUACGAGGAGUGGAGAGACAGCGUCAGUGGAGGAUGUGCAUUCUACCCAACACGAUCACCUCCUCUUCUUCAUUGCUCACGCUCGUUUUUAUUUACUGAUUUCUCCAGUUUACCAUCUAUACACCCCAGUGGACUGCGUGACACUGUUCUCCGCCAUGUCUACAGUCGUCGACAUCGCAUCCUCCUUUAUUGAGGGUGCCCCGCCCGGCGAGCUCGAAGAGGUCGUUGUUGAUGUCAAGACCCUUACGUCCGACGGCCCCGAUAUCAUUCCAUCGCUUGUGCCCGCAUUUCAACGGUAUAAUGAGACGCAGUUGGUGACAGUGAAGCUUCCCGGUAGUAGUCAGGAGGUUUGUUCCGCUUUUACAAUGUGUCCCGGUUCUAUCGAUUGAACUGCGGUUGUUCCAUGGUUGUUGAGGUUGAGGUUGAGGUAGUCGCUGACGUGGCUUGGCUUGUUCAGGUCAUCGUUAGCGAAUACAAUAAGGUGGAUGAAGAGAGGUACUAUGAUUCUGAGAGCCAUACAUCGUUUGUGUUUGAUCAUGUCACGCAGAGAGCAUCUUCUGUGCAGUCGUAUCCAUUGGACUCGCAGAAUGCAGAUUUGAUCAAAUCCCUUCUCAAAGCCCUCGGUGCGCAUGUCCGUGAACACUACCCCUCUUCCUCCUAUGGUGUGUAUUCGAUCGAGAACGAUUCCGCUGUGGCCCUUGUGGUGGUUGCGAAUAAAUACUCACCAAACAACUUCUGGAAUGGCCGAUUCCGCGCUACCUAUCAAUUCCCUGUUUCUUCAUCAUCUACCACCGUGACUGGCAAUAUCAAAGUUGACGUCCACUACUACGAAGAUGGCAAUGUAGCAAUGAAUGCGACCAAGCCGGUCGAAAUCUCCAUUCCCUCUAUUUCCGCCGAGGCCAUCAUCUCCCGAAUUGCUGCUGCGGAGCGAGACUACCAGGAGAAUCUCAACCGUGCGUUCGUAAACAUGGCAGAGGGAGCGUUCAAGGGUCUGCGCAGGCAAUUGCCCGUUACGCGACAGAAGGUCGAGUGGGAGAAAGUCGGAGGAUACAGGCUGGGCCAGGAUAUUUCUGGAGGGACAGGGCGGUGAUGCUAUGUUUGUAGAGGCGUCAAUCCAGGAUGGUAAUCGAUUCACGUUGAAUAGCUACAUUAUCACCCAUAUGACCGUCCGUAUGAUAUGCGACUAAUGAUUCAAGAAGUGGAUGUAAUUGGUCUCCAC